GCCUCCUUAGCUCACGGGAGGAACAUGGCGGAUCGCCUCACACAGCUGCAGGACGCGGUGAACUCGCUUGCAGAUCAGUUUUGUAAUGCCAUUGGAGUGUUGCAGCAGUGUGGCCCUCCUGCCUCUUUUAGUAAUAUUCAGACAGCAAUUAACAAAGAUCAGCCAGCUAAUCCUACAGAAGAAUAUGCCCAGCUUUUUGCGGCACUGAUUGCACGAACAGCAAAAGACAUUGAUGUUUUGAUAGAUUCAUUACCCAGUGAAGAAUCUACAGCUGCAUUACAGGCUGCUAGCUUGUAUAAGCUGGAAGAAGAAAACCACGAAGCUGCUACAUGUCUGGAGGAUGUUGUUUAUCGAGGGGACAUGCUUCUGGAAAAGAUACAAAGUGCACUUGCUGAUAUUGCGCAGUCACAGCUGAAGACAAGGAGUGGUACCCAUAGCCAGUCUCUUCCAGACUCAUAGUACCAGUAUGUACCCUGUGUCUGAGAAAAGAACUAUUUCAGUGCCAUUAAGAAUUCUGCAUCAAAUUUAGAUGUAAGCCUUACCAACAGUUACAGAAACAUUAAGCACUAGGACACGUUAACUUUUUAGCUAUUUUUUAAUAGUGUUCUAUUUUCACUCUUGAUAAAUAAGCCUCUAAAAAUUGGAAUUGAACCAGCUUUAAACCAUCAUUAUACUAUCAUUUUUUUUAUUAUCAGAAUUAAAUUAUUGAGGCAGAUAUUGCAUUAAUGGUUAUAAUUAAA